AUGAAGGACACAAACGGCUCGAUGAACGGAGGUCCUCAAGGCCCCGUGCCGACUCUCGAUGGCCUCAACAAUAUUAACGGCAUCAAUGGCUACUCGAAAAAGACUGCCAACGGUUACAACUCGUCCAACGCCGUGACCGGUAUCAAUGGCAUCAACGGGCCCAUCAAGCCUACCCUCAGCCACUCGGCCAGUCCCAGAGUCACACCAAGACAACGCCCACGCAGUCGGCCUGGUGUGAUAACUAGGACUUUCAAUGUGGUGGCCAGACUCGUGACCUGGUACACCAUCCUCACCGUCCUCUUCCGCUGCCCCGCCUCGCUCAAGGAAUGCGACAAGUCUUCUCCCCGCAUUUGCGAGACCUACUUCGAGGUCAAGCAGACCGUUUUGCCCCGUGUCGAACCAUACUAUACCGCCUAUGCCGCUCCCUACGUCGACCUCGCAAGACCGUACUACCAUGUCAUCGACCAAAAGGCCAUUGCUCCCGCCUUGGCAUACGCGCAACCCAGAAUCACCAAGGCCCAGGCCUACACCAAGACCCAGUGGCAAAAGACCCUUCAGCCCCAGCUUGUCAAGUAUCAGAAGCUUGCAAAGACGCAUUACGAACAGAGCGUUGGUCCCCAUGUCAAGCAGCUUUCCACUGCCGCCGGCCCAUACUACGAGAUUGCCCGCACAAACGCCCUCCAGACCUACCAUGGCGUUGUUGUGCCCUCGUAUCACUAUGUUGAGCCUUAUGCCCACAAGGGCUACAAGGCCACCUCGGCUUUUGCUGCCAGCACUGUGCUGCCCUCGACUCGCUGGGCCUGGCACAAGACCAGCCUGUUCCUCGAUGGAACCGUCAUGCCCCACUUGAGGGUCAUCUACUCGGAGAAUGUCGAGCCUCAGCUGCUCAAAAUUGGCCAGCGCCUUGGUCGCCAUACCACGAGCAACAAAAAGUCGGUACCCAAGCCCCCUGUGGACUUGUCAUCUAGCAAGACAUCGACCUUUAGCAAGCCCACACCUGCCACUACCGCCGCUUCGACCCCCUCGUCCCAUGCCGAGUCAACGUUCAAAGCCGCUGCCGCCGAGGAACAAAAGGUCCUGAACUCGGAGUCUACAGAGCAACAUGUUCCCGAGAACCGCAUUCCCCCUCCCGAGGUCGAUGAGCAGCUCGAGAAGGAAGAUCCCGCUCGCCGCAGCGCCCGUGAAACUGUCGCUGCCGAUCUUCAGGACUGGCAGGAAAGAUACUCCAAGGCCGCUGACCAAGGCGCUUCCGAGAUCUCGGCCAGAAUCUACGAAAUCACCAAGAAGAUGAUCCGCCGUAACGCCAAGGUUACUGGCAAGGCUCUGCUCGAUGAGCUCCAGACUACCACUGUUUCUGAGCUCGUUCAACUCCGCCGCAAGAUCAUCCAGAUCACCGGGGCCGUUAACAAGGAGAGUGCCUCCGUCGACGAGGGACGCGAUCAAAUUACCGCUGUCGUACGUCAGGCGGGCAUGUCCAUCAAGGAGAGAGCUCAGGAGGUCCGUACCUGGCGCGAGAACUACGAGGCCGAGAUGCAGUCCGCUAUUACAAAUGCUGCCGAAGCCCACUUUACCAUUCUUGGCGACAUCAGAGACCUGGCCUUGCAAAAGCUCGGUAUGAAGUGGGCUUGGAUGGAUGGCGUCACAUACAAGGACUGGGCCAAAUACCAUGAGCUCAAGACCCGUUUCGAGGACUGGAACAACGACCUCAAGAACCUCAUUGUUACUCACCCUGGUCUCGAGGCUGCCCAGAACGAGGCGGCUGCUGUUGAGGAGGAAGCCAUGAACACUGCUGCUUCUGCUGCCAAGGAGCUUGCUCGUUUGAAGCAAGUUGCCGUUCGCAAGUUGGAGGCUGGCGAUGACUCCGAUGAGUUUGAGAGCACCGUUGCUCAGCAGGCUGCCGAGCAUGUCGAGUAUGCCCAGGAUGCUGCGGCCAGUGUCAUUUCCCAGGCUAGCGAGUCUGUUAGUGCCGCCGGUGAGAAGGUUUCUGAGGUGGUCGGAGAUGGCGUCAGCCGCGCUGCUGAUGUUGUAUCUGAGGCGACCGAGGCUGUCGUUGGAGCCAAGGACUCGGCCACUGACAAGAUGGAGGAGCUUGCGGACGAAGCCACCUCCCCCGUUGUUAAGGCCGCCUCUUCCGCUUCCGAGUCUGUCGAGAGUGCUACUUUCGUCGUGAAGCAAUCUGCCGCUGCUGUAUUGAGCGAAGGUUCCGAGGCCAUUGCUGGCUCUUCCACUGUGACCCAGGCUGUUGAGUCUACCAGUGUUGCUUCCAAGAAAGUCGCCGAUGUGGUUGAAUCUGCAUCUGAGGCCGCUUCGACCGUUGAGUCUCGCCCUAACCUCGCCUCUACUGAGAUCCUCGAGGAGACCCCUGUCAUGGUUGGUAACACCACCGAGGCGGAGAAGGAGGGUCCUGCUCCCGUCAAGCUCCCCGUCGAGGAGGAAGCUGAGGAGGAGUCUGAUAUCAUCGUUUCUGAGGUUGCCGAGCCUCCUGCUACCACCGUCAAGUCCGCUUGGCUCGGAGCUGCUGCUCAGUCGGUGCCUACUCGCCAGCCCAUCAUUGACGAAGAUACCUACGAUGAUGUCUCUGAAGCCAUGGAGAAGAUGCGUAACGAUGUCAAGUCGGUCUACUCUUCCGCCAUGUCUCGUGCCAACAACCAGUACUCUGAAGCCCUCAAGCUCAUCUCUGCCCAGAUCCGCGGCACCCCUGAGCCGGCCCAUGAGCAAAUGCUCGCAUCCGUCACCCAAGCUUACAGCAAGGCCAUGGCCUCCGCUAGUGUCCGCCUCGACAAGGCCUUGAAGGGUGCCUCUAAGCAAAUCUACAAGAGCACUCCCACCGAGACUUUCAAGAUCCUACCCACCGCCGUUCCCGUCCCCAACAUUCCCUCGGUCGACUGGGAGCGCAUCCAAUCCAUUGCCGCCCAGCGUCUCGAGCAAGGCCAGUCAUGGGCCGCAGAGCAAUACGAGUCCGCCAAGAUCGCCGCCGGUCUCGCCACCCCUACCCCGUCCACUCCCUCUGAGCACGUCCAAAAGGCGCUUGAGAACGCCAGACACAACUACUAUGCUGGCCUCGGCGUCGCUCACGCUCGUUACUCCGAGUUCUUGUCCGCCGCCUCUUCGGCUUUGAACUCCCUGACUGCCACCCCUACUCCGACUGACUUGGCCGGCACUGCUUCGUCAGUCGCUUCUGUCGCCACCGAGUCCGCUGCUUCUGCGGCUUCCGUUGUUACUGACAACGCUGCCUACGCGGCCUCUGUUGCCUCGGAGAACGUUGCCGAUGCCGCCUCGGCCGCUGCCGCAUCCGCUUCCUCAGUCGCUUCUGCUGUUACCGACGGCGCUGCCUCGGCUGCUUCGGUCGUCGGGGAGAACGCCUCCUCCAUCGUCUACGCCGCCGGAGACAAGGCCUCCUCGGCUGCUUCUGUCGUUUCUGAAAACGUCGCUGAUGCUGCCUCGGUUGUUUCCGAGAACGUUGCCGAUGCCGCCUCUGUCGUUUCCGAAUCCUGGGAUUCCGUCCUGGCCCGUAUUUCCAUUGAAGUCUACGGCGCCCCCACCCCCACCCCUUGGUACCAGACGGUCCUUUCCGCCGCCAACGCCGCCAGCGCAUCCGCCGUCAGCGUAGCGAACCAGUACGGCGAUGCGGCAAGUGAUGCCGCGGCUGAUAACGCUGCCUCCAUCACGAGCGCUGCUGGUGCUGCUGCUACCGCGGCUGGCCAGUAUGCCGCUGCGGGCUCGGAUGCUGCUGCCCAGCAGUAUAGUGUCGUCAGCAGCAUUGUCAGCGAGCUGCUGGUGGGCAAGGAGCCGACUUUCUCUGAGAGCGUGGUGAGCAGGCUGCAUGGAGUCUACGCCACUUCUCUCCCCGACGUUGUCGUUGGAGCAUAUGAGAGCGCGAGCAGCUUGGCUCGUGAGGCCAAGGAGAGCGUGGUUAGUGUUGCUAGCCAGGCUUCCGAGGCUGUUGUUGCUGGUCAUGAUGAGCUUUGA